AUAUGUAUCAUAUAUUAAGAUCCGACUGUAAAUGCCAAAGAAAACACGAAAAACGUAAAAAUAGACCCCGCCAAAAGCAACAGAUCUAAGCGUACACGUAUUCAGCCAAUAGGUUACUAUUGUCGCUGUAAUUGUUGUUGUAGCGGCUAUUGAAAGUCAGAAGUGCACUGAAUUUUUGUACUGGUUUUGGUCCUUCAACUAGCUAUCGCUGACGAAGAGCUUCAGCUUAUUUGAGAGAGGUUAAACUCGUUAAACGUUUUAUCGAAACUUGACCACAGCAUAGCAAAUAUAUGACCGGCUCGUGAAGGCAUCCGAUAUAACACCACCGCCUGCUAGCUUGCUGCUCUCUUAAACUCACCCAGAUAACACCUCUUCAUCUGGCACGACUCAGUCGCAACAGCACGUUUCCUGGGCCUACUGUUAGUUCAGCUUGUCGCCAACGAUUUAUAGACCAGCUGAACUGGGCAGUGCAGCUACAACAGCAACUCGUCGCUUGGACUUUAUUAACUAAAUAAUAGGCGGCAACAAAGCCCAAUCGGCGAUCAAGAAUUUCAAUCCCCCAUCAUGCCUGGUCAAUUUGGACGGUUAAUCACAGCUUAUUUAAACAGAGUUGGAUGUCUUGGUAUGCUUCUACCUUGUUUUUUUGCUUGCGCGGAUUCAUUAGUUGUCGAAUCUCCAAAUUGAAAUAUCUGUUAUGGAAAUUUGAGCGAAUGCUUAGAAUAUAACUACACAAUGCGCUUUUCCGAGCUUUAAUGAGUUUCAGGCUUACAGCUAAAGCUACAACUUCUUGUGGAGUUGUACUCGUAGAUCAUUCGUUAGACCUGCCGAUUUGCCAAUAAGUUUCUCAUACGACUCGAUGUAUCUUGGUGUAAAAUAUGUAAAAACAAUUAAGGAUAAAAGACUACAUGUACCUCUUACUUUUGAUGAUAUAUUUCAGUGCAUAUCCCUAAUUAAUGAUUACAUCUCGAAAAAAAAUGCGCUAUGUCAAUGAAUUCCGAUUUCUUUGCAAGCUAGACGCAUUAAAAAGUCCUGCUUACGUACAUACAUCUCCGUACUCUAGCAGACAUUAACUUAUGCAUGUAUGUAUUUACGUAUGUAUGUACGCGUGUGUAUAACAAUCAUGUUAAGUCGCACAACACAUUUGAAAUUUCCGUUAAUCCUUAUACUCAAAACAGGACUGCUGUGUGCUCUACUGUCCUUGGUUUGGUAUUUCAUACAUAGAAUAAUUAAUAAAAACAAAAACGUAUAAAAGACUCGCGCAACAGGCAAAUGCAUGUCAUUUCGAUUACUACGCUGUUGUAGGUAACAACUCGCCAGGCUGUGCGCAGUACAGACUUAUACUAGGCGUGAAAUCGUUGUUGAAAUGUAUCAAUAUUUCAACGCUUUUGCACUUGUCGCAUUUAUUUCCUUCUCAACAUCUGCUUUGAGCCAAGUGCUGGAGGCGCAACCCAUCAAUAGCAGUCCCACCGCUGCGCCAUUGGGCUGUCAUCAGCGUCUCUACACAUACCGCAUCACACAGGCUGACGCACAGGGUCGUGAAUGUUGGGAUUAUGUGAGUGUACGUUCUUGUUGGGGUCGUUGUGACUCCAGUGAAAUUUCCGAUUGGAGAUUUCCAUAUAAACGCUCAUUUCAUCCGGUUUGUGUACAUGCUACGCGCCAACCAGCAGUAGCGUUGUUGAGAAAUUGUCAUCCGGAAGCCAGUGAGGAAGCACGCCGCUAUGAGUAUAUGGAAGCAGGCAGCUGCCAUUGCCAUACUUGCUCCUCUCUGGAUACCAGUUGCGAGGCGCCUGUUAAUAAUAUACUGGAUGAGCGAUCCGGUGUGAAAGUGUUGGCGUUAACUGGUUCAGAUUCCGAUGUCUUGGAUUAUUAAAUUUAAUUUUGUUGAUUUUACCUAUUCUUAUCAGCUGUUAUCAGGUUAUCAGUUGAGUGCGGCGAUGUAGGGCUUUCAUAGGAAAUAUUUAUAUUUGUAAAAAUUGUGUAUUAUAUUAAUUAUUGUAUUUAUAUGUAUUGAGCAAAUAAAACUAAAAAAGUUUUAAAUACCCCGUAUAA